ACAUUUUGGAAACACUUUUAAAAUAGCAAAAAUUGUUUUUCAAUUCAUUAUUUACACUGAUUUUGUCGAGAGCAUGUAUAAAAUUCAUGUCGUAAAAGCAAUCCAAAACUUUCCCGAUUGCGCAUUCAUAACCUCACUUCCAGUGCUGUUGUCAAAGUCGGUCGUAAAUUAAUCGCGCAAUUCGCCAUAUAAUUUUAUUUGAUUUUCCCCAAAUUCCCCAAUAUUGUUGACUCUCUAGUGAAGUGUUAUCAGUUGGUGAAGUGGCAAUUGGCGUGCCGAUUGUGUUUUCCGCAUUGUUGGCGCCGUGAGGGAGUGAAAAUGAGUCGUGGGCGUGGGCGAUAGAGCCAAUGUUUACAUUUUGCGUGCUGCACUUUCCCCACUGAUAAAUGGAGCGCCUGAGGAAGAUAACAAAACUCUACAUACUCAUCUACCUGGUGGGCGUGCUGCUGCGGCCCACGGACACGGCCGGCUGUCCGGAGAAGUGCACCUGCAGCAACAAGAAGCUCCCGGACAGCGACCUCGACGGGCUGCGCGUGAAGUGCGUCGGGAGUCCGGGAGGCAAAAUCAGUACCUUCAAAGAGAUCAAUCUGGGCGAUAUCAAUCAGGCUGAAAUCACUCAUUUGGAUUUGAGCAAUAAUCACAUAUCAAGCCUGGAGGCGUCAUACUUCGUCAACAUGACGCAGCUGCGUCGCCUCGACCUCACGCACAACUCGAUGAGACUGAUAGACGAAACAGUAUUUGGAGAGAUGCCAAAAUUGGAAGACUUGAAGCUGUCGCAGAACCUCAUAGCGCACAUUUAUCAGGGCUCCUUCGACAGGAUGCCGUCGCUGCGCAUGCUGGAUAUAUCGAUGAAUCCGCUCGUGUGCGACUGCAAUCUGCUGUGGCUGAAUCCCUGGUCGGCCAACAACUCCGUGAAGCUGCAGAAGCAGCCAAAGUGCGAGAGCACGGGCACAUUCAAGGGGACGCCCAUCAAGAAGCUGAAGAUCGGCACGGAUCUUCACUGUGAAUCCCAGCUGCAGACGCACUUGGAGUUGAUGCCGGAGCACGAUCAGGUGCUCUUCGAGGGAGACGCUCUGGCCAUCAGAUGUCGAGCGCCGAGAGUGGCUGUUGGGGCGAAAAUGGACUCUGAGGAUUUACCGCCGGGCGCUCACGUGUUCUGGGGAUGGUCAGAAGUGAUUCUGGCGCCAAACUCCACUGAGAACAUCACUUUCCUGGAGCCAAUACAGCAAUUUGCCACGACCAUUCAGAUCACGGAGAAUCAAAUAGCGGACAGAGGACUGCUGAACUCCAUCCUGAAGAUCCCCAGUGUCAGCAGGAAUCACUCGGGAAUGUGGAACUGUCGUCUGAGAUCUGAACAGGCAAAUUUCUCCCGCAGCAUCGCUGUGUACGUGAUCUCCAAUGAAACGGAAUACUGUCCGGCGAAUGAGAUGCACGACAACAAGGGUCACUACUCCUGGCCAAGGACGAUCAGAGGCACGAGCGUCGUCGUGCCGUGUGCUGGCGACGGACCGCCGCAUGUUUAUGCCGCCGGCAGGUGCAAUGAGGCCGGCGAGUGGGUGAAUCUCAACACGUCUCAGUGUCCCUUCAUCAAGGACACCACGAGGAUCCUGGAUCAGUUCGCGAAGGUGGAUUUGGCGUUCGUGCGAGUGCUGGAGAGUGCUGAGCGACUGAGAAACUACACGGCUUUGCCGGGAAACAGCACAGUUCAGCUGAAGUUUAAGGAUCCCAUCGAUGUGAGCUUCAUCGCGAAGACCGUGGACAAUUAUAUUGACUACUUGACGAGAGAGGCGGAUUUGGGUCCGAUGGUGCUGGACAUUGUGUCCCAGUGCAUGCACAUCCCGGCCUCGCUUCUGCAGAAGGGUCAGCAACUCGAUGGCGCGUGCAAUAAGUUGGUGAGGGCUGCCGAAGCGGCGGCGGAAAACACUCCGUCGAUGCUGGCGAAGAAGGAGAAUCUCGCCAUGGAGGAGUUUAAGAUACGGCCGCAGAGUUUCUCAGGGAAAACUUGCGUGUGGUUCAAGUCUGCCGUUGCCGGUGGCGAGAAGGAGCGCCGAACGCUACAGUGCAACAUUGGGAAUCAGGCGCAGAGUAUUGGAUUCUACGAUAAGCACUUUGACGCUUCCAUUCAGUUUCCGGCGUCGCUGUUCGCGCAUCUCUCGGCCGCGAGCAGUACGUCGACGCAGAAACUGCUGGUGUCUGUCUUCCAGAACAGCAAUCUCUUCCCACAGAAUCGCUCCCAUGGAAACUACAAGAUCACGUCGUGCGUGAUUGGUGCCAAAGUAACGAGCACGGGCAAUCGCAUGAGAGAGAAUCUCACGGAGCCGAUCUUCAUCAUUCUGCGCGCGCAACCGUUUCACCACGAACUCAGCGCGCCGAAGCCCGUGUGGUGGGAUCCCGAGCUGAACGGUGGUCUGGGCGAUUGGUCGUCGCAGGGAUGCCUGUUUUCGCACAUGCUGCAGGGAAUGCUGGUGUUUGCCUGCACGAAGCUGGGAUACUAUGGCUUGAUACAGCACACGAAGUAUCUCAAUGACUCGCCGGAUGAGAAUUCAGGAGCGAGAUUCAGAUUCUCACCGAUUGCCGUGUAUGUGGGCAGUGUGAUCCUGUUUGUCUGUCUGUGGAUCAACAUCAGCACGUAUUCGGUGCUGGGGAAGACCAUUCAGAUGGCGAGGAAGGCUAAGCACGCGUUGGUCAACACCUGGUUCACACUCUCGCUGCUCAUUGUGGUGUUCAAUGUGGGCAUUUAUCAGACGGACAACAGCAAGAUUUGCCAGGUGUUCGGUAUGCUGACGCAAUAUCUCAGUCUGGCUGUUCUCUUCUGGAUGUGCGUGUCUGUGAGUAAUUUCCUGAAGCGCAUGAAACGCCUGGAGAAGCGAUCUGGUGUGCUGCAGGGAGAUGAUCUGCCAAAGGAGGAUAUUGUGGGGCGGAAACCCAUCUUGGGCAUUUACCUAGUGGGAUAUGGUAUUGCGGUGAUCAUCUGUGGCAUUGGAGGAGCUGUGAAUAUCCGAGAGUAUGCUUCCUACUCGUAUUGCUUCAUGAAAUCCGGCCCAGCGCUUAGUGCAGUCUUCGUGCCGGCCACAAUUGUCGUGUGCUUCCUCUGUCUGCUGUUCAUCUGCAUCAAGUGCAACCUGAGAGAUCGUGACAUAAAUGGGCACAUGUCUGAGGGCACGCAGGGAACGGAGAAUGUGGAUCUAGAUUUGCUGGAGCCGACCACAACUACGGGAAAUCACUACCAGAGCAUCUCCAUCAGUACGCCGACCACGAGCACUCAAGAUGAUCAGGAGCAUUCGCACAACACGCAAUUGAAUGCUUUCGUCAUCACGCUGAUUCUGUACCUUGUGACGUGGCUCUUUGGGGGCCUGACUGUUUCCACACCCUUUGCCGAGCGGAUCCUGUACGAGGAAGAGGUGUUCAGUGUCAUUUUCGCCGUGGUGGCGACGAUUCUGGGCGGUUUUAUUGUCUUCUUCUACGGCGUGGCGCGCAGUGACAUCAGAAAGCAGUGGAAUAUGAUGCGUUGCUCACGGGCCAGGAAUCGCUUCACGCAGCAAUUCCCCGGAGAUCCGAAGGAGCUCAACGGUGGCGUGGUGACAUUCCGUCAAGUGGCUGGGAAUUCCGUGGUGAAUCACUCGAUCUCCAGGUCGAACAGUCAGAGUUCCAAAAGUCGCCCCAACAGCACAAACAUGAUGAUGAAGGCGGCUGCUGAUCUCAAUUCGCACACGCUCACGAGACGCAAUGAGAGUCCGAAUGGUGCGAAGAUGACGGCCAACAUGAAUCUGGUGCUGCUGCAUCGGCAGCAGUUUGUGCACAAUCCGGUGAUCAUCAAUGAAGCCAUUCACACGGCGGAUGUGUUCUACAAUCCAAACCAGAGCAAUGUGGCGAGGAAGUUCUUCAGGAAGCAGAAGAGGCUGGCCAAGCAGAACAACAUUGAGAUCCAGAGGAGGGAUUUUGGUGGCGAUGGCGGGAGCAGCGAAGUGGGCACUUCGAUGAUCACCUUCCCGAAGCCACCGACGACAAAGCCGCCCACGGAGAUGUCCAUGUUCAGCUCAGGCAGCAAGGUGAACAACAUUAACAUUCACGUCGAUCGGGCGCGCGUGGAGUGCGUGAAGGAGCAACGACACCACAAUCCCAACAUCCUCUCGGACAGCUGCAAUGAGGAGAGUGACGCCGAUCGGCUGGUCGUUGGCGCUGAGAGUCUCCGGGCGAUUGCGGCGCAGCGCUCGAAGAUGAGCAAUAGAGAGAAUCCGUCUGUCGUGGCGAAUAUCUACACGAAUAUCGCAGAGACGGGAACGCCUCAGCAUGAGACAGUGACGAUGAGGGCUGACGAGAGGUUCAAGAAGUCCAUCAACACCGACGAGGAUGACGAUGAUGACAAUUUGAGUUCGGACAAUGAUCCGCACUAUGUGAACCAGUCGUUCGACGGGCAGUAUCCCUUCAAGAGCAUCAAGGAGGAGGAGAGAUCGCCCGACAAUCCAGAGGCUCCGUCAACGUCCAAGACAAGCACUCAUGUGCCGACGUGCUUGGAAUUGAGAACCACCAAUGACUCUAAUUUGGUAAUUCUGUCGCUGAGCAGCCCAAUCCUGGCUAUGAACACCCUUGGACUGCCCAUCGUGAUACCGCAAGCUGUUCCGGAGGUCAAGGAAGAGUCAUCCAGUGAAGCAGUGCCGGAGGAGGAAUACGCAUCUGAUCUGCUUGAGAUGCCAGAAUGUGAUGUUCAACUGCGGCAGAACCAUUCGAAGUCCAUGGACAACUUGAGCAGAUCAUUUACGGCGCAGUGUCGAGAGACUCGAGCCAGAUCGAUCUCCUUCAACAACGUGUCUCUCAUGUCGGACGUCCUGCUGCCGCCGAUGAAGACCAGCAGCAGUCCCGUUCUGUUCUCCCCGAGUCUCUGUGAUAUCGAUGACUACCAUCAGCAGGCGUCGACGUCGUACGACAUGGAUUGUGGCACGGACUUGAUCUUCAAUCCUCCUCUGUCGGCCAUUGCGAGACACUUCACGUCCAGUCCGACGAGCGAGAGUGACAUCAAUUACCAGCACUCGGAGAUCAGCAUCCGGAGUCACGGGCUGUACGCGCCGCAGCCGCCGGACAACGAUCUCACGCUGACGGGCGAGGACAGCCUCACAUUCGCCUACCAAGCGUCCGAAGUGAGUGACGCGGACAGAGAGUAUGAGGAUGACGAUGACGACACUGGAGCCGAUGCGCACGACUAUCUGCUGGGUUCGCAGAGUGACCUGAGGGACGAGCGGGAGUUGCUGGACGAGAGCCAGUCGUCCAUUGACGAGCUGUACCAGCGCAUCAAGAGGCGCGGCACGAAGAACUUCCCCAGGAGGGCGGAGGCGCAGGGGCGCGAUGAGGAUGUGAGCAGCCAGGGCAGCAGCGUGGUGUUGUCCAAUCCCAACGACUAGGUGUAUUGAUCAGCUUAUCAGGGGCUUUCCGUGCGCUAGAGCAUUUCGUGAGGUGGCCAAAAAGGUGUUGUUCAAUUAAUUCGUGCUUCUGUGAAGUGCAUUGAUUUAUCAAUGGAGGAACAAUGAGAAAAUGUGGACUGCAAUGUGCUUCUGUUGCGCAAAGACUCGAGAACUAAACGUACAUUUUUCCCUAGAUUAUGAGAUUAUACGCAAGCAUUUCUACAGUGUAAUAACUUUUGAGAAUCUUCAAUGGUAUUCUCCCAAUUUUAUAUGUUUAUUUAUUGCGAAGUAUUUUACAAUUGUAAAGAUUUUCUCAAGAAGGGAUUUCAUGAAGUAACUCUCUUGAGAAAAUCUGUUUUUUCACAUAAGUGGAAUUAUUUUCUACGGCGAAAAUAAAAUUGUAGUGUUAAUUGAGCGCUGAGUUUUUCUUCC